AUCGUUGAUGUCAUUUGCCUGCGCCUUUCAGUACCCGCGGUGUGGUCAGGGCCAGCGUCGGGUUGUCGAAACCGGGCCAGGAGAGAGGGCUCAAGAGGAUAGAGCCUUCCUCUGUGCCUUUGUUAGAAGCCGUGUCCCCGGUCUAUGGGACGAGCAGUCUCACGCGGGGUGUCAGUCGGGGCCGCGAGCUUACCAGUUCUCUGCGCGUGUUCUCCGUCUUUACGGCACCCAGAGAGUGGCUGCUUAGUUUGCGACCGUUUUACACGGGGAAGGCGUGGGUUACCUAGCCCAGUGGAGGUGUUGGGGUUCGCCGGAUCCAGAGAAAGACGCCCAGUUCGCCCCCCACUCACACCCUAUUCUGCCCACAGGAUCCGAUGGCUGCAGCUAAGUUGACGGACCGGGCUCAGGGCUCUGUGACCUUCGAGGACGUGUUUGUGUACUUCUCCUGGGAUGAGUGGGGACUCCUUGAUGAAGCUCAGAGACUCCUGUACCACAAUGUGAUAUUGGAGAACUUUGCCUUGGUGGCCUCCCUGGGUUGUUGGCGUGAAGCAGAGGAGGUGACACCUUCUGAGCAGGAUGUUUCUUUGGAAAGAGUUUCACAGGUCAGGACUCUGUCCACCCAGAAAGCCUACCCCUGUGAGAGGUGUGACCCAAUCUUGGAAAACGUUGUACACCUGGCUCAGCACCAGGGAUCACACCCUACCCAGAAACCAUGCACAUGUGGGCCAAGUGGGAGAGACUUCUUGUCUGGUGCAAACUUUGACCAGCAACAGGAGCCACACAGUGCAGAGAAUCCAUUCAGAAAAAAUGACAAUCAAGCUUCAUUUGCGAAGAGCUAUGCAGUCCACAUGCCAGGGUGGCCCUUCAUGUACAGAGAGGAAGGAACGGACUUCCUGGACAGCCCUGGCCUCUUCCAGCAACAGGCCAUUCACACUGGGGUGAGCCCAUCCAAAAAGAUUGAGUGCAUGGAGUCCUUUCUGCACAGCUCCACUCUUGGCAAGCACCAGGGUGCCCACACUGGACAGGCGGUGUUCAGUUAUAACAACUGUGGGGAAGCCUUCCUGAAGACCUUCACUCUCCUCAACAACUGGAUCACUCAGACUGAAGACAGACCCUUCAGAUGCUUCACAUGUGGAAAUGCCUUCAAGGAGAAAUCAGGUCUUAUUAAACACAGAAAAGCUCACAGUGGAGAAACGGCCCAUGUGGGCAAGGAGUGUGGAAAGACCUUUACUGACCUGUCCCACCUCAGGACGCACCAGAAAUUUCAUUCUGGAAAAAGGCAUUACACAUGCAGUGAAUGUGGGAAGGCCUUCAGUUGCAAAGACACCCUUGUUCAGCACCAGAGAGUUCACACUGGAGAAAGAUCUUAUGACUGCAGCGAAUGUGGAAAAGCUUACAGCAGAAACUCCCACCUUGUUCAACACCAGAGAACUCACACUGGAGAAAGGCCGUAUAAGUGUGGUGAAUGUGGCAAAGCCUUCAGCCGCAAAGACACCCUUGUUCAGCACCAGAAAAUCCACACUGGAGAAAGGCCUUAUGAGUGUGGCGAAUGUGGGAAAUUCUUCACCCAUAGCUCCAAUCUUAUUGUUCACCAAAGAAUUCAUACUGGAGCAAAGCCUUACGAGUGUAGCGAAUGUGGGAAAUGCUUUAGCCGCAACUCCAGCCUCAGUCUACACCGGAGAGUCCACACAGGAGCAAGGCCUUAUGUGUGCAGUGAAUGUGGGAAAACCUACAUCAGUAGCUCCCGCCUUGUCCAACACAUAAAAGUCCACACUGGAGCAAGGCCUUAUGAGUGCAAUGAAUGUGGGAAAUUCUUUAGCCGCAACUCCAGCCUUAUUUUACACCGGAGAGCACACACUGGAGAAAAGCCGUAUGUGUGUGGCAAAUGUGGGAAAGCCUAUAGGAGAAGGUCCCAUCUUGUUCGGCACAAGCAAGUGCACUCUAGGGAAAGGUCUCAUGAGUACAAUAAUUUUGGUAACUCUCUAGUUGCAUCUCUUUAACUUGUCAACACCAGGAUAUUCACAGAGAAAGAUUUUAUGAGUGCAUAAAAUAUGCUAUUUCCUUGUUCAAGCCAGUAGGACUCACACCAGUGAGUACCCAUUGUGGGAGAGCCGUCAGCCAGCAGGUGAGCCUCGUCCAUUCAGAUGCCCAUACUGAGGGGAUUCCCACUGAGUGCCACAUGUAUUGGAAGUUGGCACACAUUGCAUUGCACUUUCUAAAAUGUCCUGGGUUCUUGUCCUGGGUUAUGUCACUGCCAGUGUGUGUCAGUCACCACAAUACAUUCAGGGAAGACAGACUUUGUGUUGUCUCUCCUGUUCCCUGGAGAGAAUUACGAGUGUUUUGAGCCCUCUUGAGAGUCUUCGUUUCCUCCCGUAUGACUGGUUUCUGAGAGGACAUGAUCUAGCUGUGGCCAGAAGGCUUUGAGCUGGCAUCUACUAGAGGCUUCCAAAGAAGUCGCCCCUUUUUCAUUGAUGCUGUACAUGUGAUAGCUCUGAUGAAUUUGUCCUGCUUCCAAGUCACGCAGCCUUGUAACUGCCUGUCUCAUGCUGUUCUGGUUCUUGGAGCGAUAAAGGUGUUAUUGUGUAAGCCUUUACUCUUGGGAGAUCUGUUUACCGUGUGGAGUGAAUUGAGAAAAGAAUAGGGUCUGCCAGCAUGAAGGUGGGAACACCUUUUGUGGGUGCCCCCAACUUUAUGUGCCUAGAGGGGACAAGAGGAUGGCAGAAAAAACGUCCGAGUGGAGUUUGCCCAUGACCUUUCAGGUAGAACUGAAGACUUUGUGAACCUAAUCCUGUGGCCUGGUUAUGAGGAUUUCCUGUAAGCCCAGAAAACAUCCUGAGGAGGAGAAUGUUGAUAGCACCCUCCAGUGCACUUCAUAGCAUGCAUGAGUUGGGUCUCUUGUACCCAGGAAUUGUCCCACAUUCCCCACCAGUGUGGAGAAAUUGCUGUCUCCCAGACUUGUACAGGAGCCAGCCCACUGACAUUCAGAGUCCUGUAGGUAGGAGUCACUGACUGUACGAGCCACAGGUCAGGUGGGAAUCAACUGGUACAGAGACACUCAGUACAGAAAUACUGAGAUAGUUGGGAAGACUGUGGCAAAUGAGAAGGGGUGUGUCUAUUAUAAAGUGACAUCCACAGAUGGCCAUGUGAUUCUGGCUGUGUGGGGUGAGGGUGUAUGGAAAUUUGCAAGACCUGUAGACCUCUAUCUCCUUUGGCAUGACUGACAAUCUAAAGGGUUCUGGAGGCCCGGAGCCUCCCUUGAGUGUGGAACCUUAUGGCCAUUGCUGCAUAGGCAGGAAGUCCAGGCCUGAGAGAAUACAAGUCCUUCAGUCCAGGGGUGGGGCUUCUCUGACCUAGCCAGCAUUUCCGGUGACUGAAGUGGACAUGGUCUUCAUUGUGCUCCAGUUUCUGCUGCCGUUGACACCAGUUUCACAUGUUGGGAAGAGUGGUAUGGUAGAGUCAAAAUAGUUGGCAGAUCUGAUUUUCCAAGAGGCAUAGUGGUUGUUGCUGGGUGCUAUGUAGUUCAGUUCAACUCAUAGCGGCCCCCUGUGACAGAGCAGAACUUGCCCAUAGGUUUUUCUAGCCCAUAAUUUUUAUGGAAGCAGAUCACCAGGUCUUUCUCACAGAGCAGCUGAGUGCUAACCCAGAGGCAUGGUAGAUAAAGGCGUUUUAUGCAGAACAUUUUGUUAACAGCUUUAUUGAGGUAGGAUUUACAUGCAAUAAACUGCAUUAUUUAAAGUGUAAAAUUUGUUCUGUUUUAGCAUGUGCAUACACUUUUGAAACCAUUAUCACAGUCAUGAUAAUAAACACAUCGAACACACUCAGAAGAUUCCCCACGUCCCUUCCUAAUCCGUUCCUCUCAAUUGUGUCUAAUCUCCUUCCCUGCAGUUCCGAGCAAGUCAUUGAUUUGCUUUUUGUCACCAUCCUUUUUUUAGAAUUUUAUUUAAAUGGAAUCAUACAGUAUAUACUCUUUUUUUAUCCUUGUGAUAUACCACUUUUUUUUUUUUAAUCCAUUCAACUGUUAAUAGGUGGUUUCGUUCUUUCCAGUUUUUGGCUAUCAUGAAUAAAGCUGCUGUGAAGACUUGUGUACAAGCUUUUAGGUGGAUAUAUGUUUUAUUUCUCUUGGGUAAAUAUCUAGGAAUGGAAUGGUGGGGUCAUAGGGUUGAUGAGUGUAUUAUUUUUUUAAAAGAAACUACCACAAACUGUGCUGGAAAGUGAUUGUACCAUUUUAUAUUCACAGCAGCAGGGUAUGACUAUUCCAGUUGCCUCACAACCCCUCUGACAGUUGGUAUUUUUCUGUUUAGUUAUAGUAAUCUCAGUUUGUGUUCUAGAUUUAAAAACAAAACCCAGUGGCUGUUGACCCUGCUCUGACUCAUGGCAACCCCAUGAGUGUCAGAAUAGAAUAUGCACCAUAGGGUUUUCAGUGGCUCAGUAUUUGGGAGUAGAUUGCCAGAUCUUUCCUGUGAGGCACCUCUGGGUGGGCUCAAGCACCAACUUUUUGGUUAGCAUCCAAGCAUGUAAAGUUUGCACCACCCAGGGUCUACUGUAUAUAGCACAAAACCAAACCUGUUGUUGUGAAGUCAGUUCUGACUCAUGGCAACCCCAUAUGUUACACAGUAGGACUGUUCCGUAGUGUUUUCUUGGCUAUAAUCUAUGGAAGCAGAUCUCUAGGCCUUCCUCGCACAUGCUUCUGGAUGGUUUUAAACUGUCAACCUUCAGGCUGGUAGUCAAGCACAAAUCAUUUGUGCCAUCUAGAGACCUUCUAUAUAGCAUGUUGUUGUUAGGUGCUGCUGAGUCUAUUUCAACUCAUAGUGACCCCAUGCAACAGAGUAGAACUGCCCUAAAGGAGUUUCUAGGCUAUAAUUUUUAUGCCUGUGAUCUUUAUGCAGAUCGUCAGGUCUUUCUCCCAUAGAGCCACUGGGUGGGUUCAAACUGCCAACCUUUUGGUCAUCAGCUGAGCGCUUUUACUAUUUAUACCACCAGGUCCCCUCCUGUAUAGCAUACCCGUUGCUGACGACAUUAAUUCCGACUCAUAGCAACCAUAUAGAACAGAGUAGAACUGCCCCAUAGGGUUUCCAUGGAUGCAGUCUUUACUAAAGCAGACUGCCAACUCUUUCUUCCACGGAGUAGCUGGUGGGUUCAAACUGCCAACCUUUCAGUUAGCCGCUGAGUGCUUAACCGAUGUGCCACCAGGGUCCUUCAUAUAUAACAAACCCAUUGUCAUUGAGUUGAUUCCGACUCAUAGCAACCGUAUAAUAUAGUACUUCUCUAAUAUGUAAUAGAAGAAGAAUUAGGAAAACAUGUACAGAUGUGAUUUUUGCAAUCUCAGUUCAAAAAUACCAUCACUUUAGGCAGUUCCUUUUUGUCUUAAGAGGUGCAUGUACCCAAUCCACAGGAAUCACAGAAGGAUGGAACAUUCUUGAACGUGCAUCAUAAUCACCUGGAGAUCUUAUAAAAACACAGAUUCUUUGGCCUGAACUCCAGAGUGUCUGACUCAGUAGGUCUGGGGUUGCGAGUGAGAAAUGCACUCCUAAUGAGUCUCCAGAUGGUGCUUGCAAUGUCACUAUAUUCACAAGUUCUUAGAGAAGGACCGUUUGGAGCAGAGCAUGGACCAGACAUUGCUAAUGGUGUGAUCCACAGGCGUUUAUAACAGAAUAAACAGUACAGGGAUGAGAACAGGACACGUCAUCAUCAGCCUAGGUUCCCCAAAGUUAGGCUCUCGUCUACAAGAUGAUGUUAGACUGCACUCAAGCAUAUCCCAGUUCAUGUUUUGAGAGAAGAACCCCUAAAUUCCUCCCUGGAUUAAAUACUAAUCAGACAGCCAAAUUUACAUGCCAAAUAGCAUAUAUAGAGAACAGGUAGGGAAAGGGGCAGUGAAAGAGGGCAAUAAAAGUAGAAGGUCACCUGUAGGCAAUGGGCAUCAAUUAUUGCCCCGGUUCAGAGUGGGCUAGAUCUACCGGUGCCGGAGAACAGCCCUUCCUCCAGAGGGCAAUCAUCUCCCCCUGGGGCCACGUACUUUAUGUCCAUUAGUAGCUAUUAAUGUGCAUUGGCAGAUAGGAAGAUGGUUACGGGACAGUAAUACUAUGGCACACCUGCGCACCCAGCACCAUUGCUGCAUCUUGUGCUGGGAUCCAACUCCGAUAACCAGUGUUCUGAGAAAGGCAAUGCUUCCAAGCCCCAGCUUGUGGGGCUGGAGAUUUGCAAACACUGAGGGAUGGUGCCAGAGUUGUCACCAACAUCCCUCGAAGUGACCAAAGCAGGUGGAUGGCCAACUGGGCUAGUGUUCCAGGUUUACAAUUGCAGAGGGACCCCACGAGGUCCUGAGCUGGUGUCCACCACUGAAGCUGUUUCUUGAUCUCUGCCAGGUUCUUACAGGGAGAGGCUAGAGAAGAGGGGGACCGUUUGUAGGACCUCCGGAGGCCUCCAUUGUGUCCAGAUCUUUUUAGGAGAACCUCUCCAGACAGUCCUCACUGCUGGCCAGAGGCUAAGUCUGAGCUUCUUGGUGGAGAAACUGAGGCCACGGAGGUCAUUUAUUCUCCCCACGGAGGUCCCUAAGUGGCACACAUGGUUGGCAGUGUGAACUACUAACCGAAAGGUUUGCAGUGUGAACCCACCCAGAGGCUCCACAGAAGAAAGACCUGGCAAUCUGUUCCGAGAAAGAUUUACAGCCUAUGAAUAGCUAUGGGGACAGUUCUACUCUGUAACACGUGGGGUCGCCAUGAGUCAGAAUCAACUCGACACUGAACAACAACAUAUCUGAAUCAGCUCGAGAAAUACUGCUUUGUUAUGACCCUGAAGGGGCUUUUCAAGCCCCAGAUAGAGAAGGAAAGCUCUGCAGGAAGGCUGAAAUCCAGACCCUUUGACAGUAAGGACUCUAAAAGAACUGUUUCUAAAUGUCCUAUUUACCUCUUUAUUUUAAUGGGUAUCACUCAGUGUUUUUAAGGAUGAAAAACGCAUUUUGGAGGCAAAACCCUCAUUAUGAUCAAGGUUCCAGCACAGCCACCUGCUCAGUUUCAUUCUCUUCAUUCUCUGACUUUUCAGACAUUAGUGCUUCAUGCCCAAACUUCAUUGAGAUCUUAACUUUUGUCACAUGUCGCAGAUAGGUUUUCCCUGAGCUAUUUCCACUACUUUUUUUUCCUGUAAUAUGGUAUUGUGUUUUCGGUGAAAGUUUACACAGCAAAUUAGGUUCCCGUUUGACAAUUUGUGUACCAAUUGUUCAGUGACAAUUGUUAACAUUUUUCACAAUGGGACAACAUUCUCUUUAAUUGCAUCUGGUUGUUCUAGUUUCUAGUGCUCUAGUUUCCCUGUCCCCUUCUCAUCUUUGCUUUAGAGAAAUUGUUGACCUUUUGGUCUCAUACAGACGGUUUUUUUUAAUGGAGCACGGUACUCAAGGGUAAUAUCCUUUAUUUUGUGUGCCAGUCUGUUAUUUCGCUGAAAGGUGACCUCGGAGAAUAGUUUCAGUUUGAGGUUUAAAGAAUAUCUCAAGGCAGUAGUCUGAAGGAGUCCUCUAGUCUCAAGCAGUCCAGUGAGCCUGAACUUUUUAAGAAUUUGAUGUUCUGUUCUGUGUUUUUCUUCUGUUCUAUCUGGGUCCACCUACUGUGGCCCUGAUAAGAAUGAUCAGUAGUGGAGCCAGGCACAAUGUUUCUUCUGGUCUGUUACUAAUUUUUAAUAAUGAUGUAAUCAUUCUUAGUAGCUCUCAGCUACUAAAAUUUCCACAUUUCACUUAACAUUUUCUGAGAUCAUCGCAGCUCUUUAUGGAGACAUUGUUACUGCAGCCACAUGUCAAACAGUGAAUGUUUCUCAGCGAGAAGAUGAGAUCAUGGUGUCCUAGACCCUUACCUUAGGGAUAAGAUGCCUUCUUUCCACAUACUCUCUGACUGGGACUCCCGCGGCCAUUUUAUUUGCAGAAAAUGACAUUUGUUAAGUGUUACGGAUUGAAUUGUGUCCCCCCAAAAUACGUGUUGUAAAUCCUAACCUUUUGUCUUACUUAUCUAGUGCUGCUAUAACAGAAAUACCCCUUGUGGAUGGCUUUAACAAAGAAAUACUUAUUCUCACAGUCUAGGAGGCUAGAGGUCCAAAUUCAGGGUGUCAGCUCCAGGGGAAGGCUUUGUAUCUUUGUUGGUUCUGGAGGAGGGUCCUUGUCAGCAAUCUUCACCUGGUCCAGGAGCUUGUCCAAGCAGUAACCCUGGGUCCAAAGGACGUGCUCUGCUGCUGGUGCUGCUUUCUUGGUAAUAUGAGGUUCCCAUGUCUCUCUGCACACUUCUCUCUUUUAUAUCUCAAAAGAGAUUGGCUCAAGACACAACCCAGUCUUGUAGAUUGAGGCCUGCCUCGUUAACAUAACUGCCAUUAAUCCCAUCUCCUCAUCAAGAUAGUAUUUAUAACACAUAGGAAAAUCACAUCCGAUGACAGGAUGGUGGACAAUCACACAAUACUGAGAAUCAUGGCCUAACCAAAUGGAUACACAUUUUUGGGGGACACAAUUCAAUCCAUGACACCCCUGUACCCCAGUGAGCAGGGGACACUGCAUGGUUUAAAGUCAGGAAAAUUGUGCAUCAGGGUUGUAUCCUUUCACCAUACCUUUUCAAUCUGUAUGCUGAGCAAAUGAUCCAAGAAGCUGGACUACAUGAAGAACAGGGCAUCAGGAUUGGAGGAAGACUCAUUAACAUCCUGCGUUAUGCAGAUGGUGUAACCCUGCUGGCUGAAAGUGAAGAGGACUUGAAGCACUUCCUGAUGAAGAUCAAGGACCACAGCCUUCAGUAUGGAUUACACCUCAGCAUAAAGAAAACGAACAUCCUCACAACUGGACCAAUAAUAACAUCAGUAUCAAUGAAGAAAAAAUUUAAGUCGUCAAGGAUUUCAUUUUACUUGGAUCCACAACCAAUACCUAUGGAAGCAGCAGUCAAGAAAUCAAAAGACGCAUUGCAUUGGGGAAAUCUGCAAAAGACCUCUUUAAAGUGUUAAAAAGCAAAGAUGUCACCUUGAAGACUGAGGUGCUCCUGACCCAAGCCAUGGUGUUUUUAAUUGCCUCAUAUGCAUGCAAAAGCUGGGCGAUGAAUAACGAAGACCAAAGAAGAAUUGAUGUCUUUGAAUUGUGGUGUUGGCAAGGAAUAUGGAAUAUACCAUGGCCUGGCAAAAAAUGAACAAAUCUGUCUUGGAAGAAGUACAACCAGAAUGGUCCUCAGAAGCAAAGAUGGUAAGAUUACGUCUCACAUACUUUGAGCAUAUUAUCAGGAGGGAUCAGUUCCUCGCCCAGCCCAUUGCCUUUGACCCUAGAGAAGGACAUUAUGCUUGGUAGAGAGCGAAAAAGAGGAAGACCCUCAAGGAGAUGGGUUGACACAGUGGCUGCAACAACGGGCUCAAGCAUAACAGUGAUUGUGAGGAUGAUGCAGGACCUAGCAGUGUUUAGUUCUGUUGUACAUAGGGUCACUAUGAGUCAGAAUCGACUCGAUGACACCUAACAACAACAACAAAAUACCUGUGGUUAUAAUCCCACUUGGGAAUGAGUUUUAUUUGUUAUGUUAAUGAGACAGUAUUAAUGUGGGGUGUAUCUUAAAUCAAUCUCUUUUGAUGUACAUAAAAGCAAAUUAAGCAAGCAAGCAGAGGUGGAGAAAGAUAUAAUCCAUGCCAUAUGAAGAUCACCAUGGAGCCAAGAAACAGAAGUUGAAAAGAGACAAGGAGCUUCCCUCAGUGUGCACAGGGAGAGAAAGCCUUCCUGUAGAGCUGGGGCCCUGAAUUCAGACUUCUAGCCUCCUAAACUGUGAGAAAAUAAAUUUCUGUUUGUUAAAACCACUCACUUGUGGUAUUUCUAUUAUAGCAGCCUUAGAUAAUUAAGACAGUAAGUAUCUUUUUUUUUAAUAACUUUUAUUAAGCUUCAAGUGAACGUUUACAAAUCCAAUCAGUCUGUCACAUAUAAGUUUACAUACAUCUCACUCCCUACUCCCACUUGCUCUCCCCCUCUUGAGUCAGCCCUUUCAGUCUCUCCUUUCUUGACAAUUUUGCCGGCUUCCCUCUCUCUCUAUCCUCCCAUCCCCCCUCCAGACAAGAGUUGCCAACACAAUCUCAAGUGUCCACCUGAUAUAAU